UGGAGCCCCUCCCACUGAAACCGUAACGAGGUGGAGUUCGUGGCGCAGUCAGUGUGGAGGAGUCUGAACAGCCGGAGGUCGUCUGGAUACACAGGAGCCGCUUCACGUACAUCAGAAACACAAACGAUGCCGAACUGGGGAGGAGGCAACAAGUGCGCGGCGUGCUGCGGGACGGUUUACCACGCCGAGGAGGUGCAGUGUGACGGGAAGAGUUUCCACAAAAGCUGUUUUCUCUGCAUGGUCUGCAGGAAGGGCUUGGACAGCACCACGCUGGCUAUUCACGGCCAGGAGAUCUACUGCAAGUCAUGCUACGGGAAGAAGUACGGCCCCAAAGGCUACGGCUACGGCCAGGGGGCGGGCACGCUCAACAUGGACCGAGGGGAGCGGCUGGGAAUCAAACACCAAGAGACCAAGACUCACAGACCGACCACCAACCCCAACCCGUCCAAAUUCGCCCAGAAGUUUGUAGGUUCAGACAAAUGUGCCCGGUGUGGAGACUCAGUCUAUGCAGCGGAGAAGAUCAUGGGGGCAGGCAAGCCGUGGCACAAGAACUGCUUCCGCUGUGCAAAGUGUGGCAAGAGCCUGGAGUCGACCACUCAGACUGAGAAAGACGGAGAGAUCUACUGCAAAGCGUGCUAUGCCAAGAACUUCGGGCCCAAAGGCUUCGGUUACGGCCAAGGAGCCGGCGCUCUGGUCCACGCUCAGUGAGCGUCCACCGGCCCUCCUCUCGUUUCCUCCCUCGUGUGCCUUCGAGUUGCAGGAGGCGCCCACCAUACAAAUAAAAAAAACAUUAACAAACGGAAACCCACUUGUUCACAUUUGACUGUAUUUUAUUAUUAAAGCCAUUAAAACUGAACCAUGCCCAUAUGUUU